ACGCCUGCUCCAUCGAGUCACAGGUUCCUCAGUUUCUUUUGGUUUGUUCACCGACGUUGGCACAAUGAAUCCUGUGGUUACAAGUUUAUUCGCCCUGCUGUUGGUCCUCUUCGUCGUCGACUAUGUCCAGAGCUGUGCUAUCUCCAACGCAAACGUCAACGCAGGAGGAUGUGGUGGAUGUGGUGGAUGCGGAGGCUGCGGUUGUGGCUGCGGCUGUGGUGGUUGGGGCGGAUGGGGCGGUUGGGGCGGUUGGGGAGGCUGCGGAUGCGGCUGGGGUAGGUGUGGAUGUGGGCCUUGGGGCUGGGGUUGGGGUAGAUGUGGCUGUUGCUGCUAACCCAUCGAUCAUCCGGCUGAAAACUUCAUCACUUCAAAAAGUUCCGGUUCGAAUGGACCACGGAAUAGGUUAUGAACAUCACCUCAAAAAUAUGACUCCUCGUCAAAAUUUAAUGUAAAAACAUCGCUUGCACGAAAAACUUCUAAAUUAGGAGGGAUUAACAAAUCUAUUGAAAUAUCGGAAAAUAUGUUUCUUUCACACGCAUAUUAUUAGCUGUCAAUCAAUUUUCAAUUCAACAUUUUCACUUCUUUUAUGGAAUUCUAAUAUGUGAAUUAUUAUUUUUUUAUUCACUUCUUUUAUAAAUUAAAAAAACGCCAAUUCCUCAAUUAUAAAAUCAAUUUAGAAAGAUUCAAAGCGACGAUCAAACACUACGCAAAAUUUAGAUAAGAAAGCGUCUAUGUUAGUGCUUAAUUUUGUAAACUGUUCAGUGGCCUAGCUCGGGUUUAAAUUUUAAGUUCUGACGACACUAGCAUAUCAUCUCUUAAAUCACAAGGCGAUUGAAGGCAAGAUCUUCAUCAAGAAGACAGUACCAGCAAUGUAUCCGGCAGCAAACACUGCCUCAGCUGAGUUUCAUCAAAGAUCAUCAUGAAAAUUCAAAUUUGACAGAACCUCUCGAUGAAAUACUUGACGAGACUUCUUCAUGGGGCACCGCAUGGCUGGUAUUUAACAUGCAUCCUGAAACUCAUCAGUCCGAUUCUGCAGCUUGAAACUUCGAUACCUCGCUUUUAUCGAUAGACUUCAAUUCGGCAGGGUAUGAUGACACCGGCUAUAGGAUUAGUAUCCUGGUCGUGAACGCUAGGUUCCCGCCAAAAAAGUGACUUCAAGCAAAAACAUACACCCUUUGCGUCUGCUGAAUAAAAUUUCGUGUUCAACUUUUAA